UUGGCUCAGGAAGGGUAGAGGGCGUGGCUACGGCGGCGCAUGGGUUCGCUUAGGUGACACAAUUAUAACAACUUUAUCUUCGCAGCGGAAACGCGUUUUUAUUUGAAAUUACUCUCAUCUUGGAUAUUAAACUUAAUAAAUUCAUGAAAUUAGCGACGAAAGGUCACUUUUUUGGAUGGAAGAUGUGACGUUUGAGGAGCCACCCGGAGAGAGCGUUUCAGUCCCCCCCGAAAGGAUUUACUACAUCGAAUCGCAUCAUUGCAUCCUGGGGAAAAAGUUUUUGAUCAUUUUAAUUUGUUUGGUUUCACGUCCUUCAAUCGACAGAGUUGACGGUCUGUCUCCGCGUCGCGAUUUUCCAUGCAAUCGUGCGGUGUGUCUCUCGCCGCCGCUGCCUGCGCUGCUGCUCGGAGUCUCGGCUCGGCUUCUUCUGGUGGUGAUGAGGGAAAGAAAAUGGCGGCGGGAAAAGCGAGUGAAACAGAGGAGGACUUUCCGACACUGACAGCCCAGGAGAGGGACAGUUUGACCGCGAUCGACAGCUCACUGUUUGGAUUUCAGAAGCUUCAUGAAGAUGGCGCCAGAACGAAGGCCCUGUUGAUGAAGGCUGUGCGCUGCUACGAUUCGCUCAUCCUUAAGGCUGAGGGAAAAGUGGAGCCGGAGUUAUUCUGCCAGCUCGGUCACUUCAACCUCCUCCUGGAGGAUUAUCCAAAAGCAUUAUCGGCAUACCAGAGGUACUACAGUUUACAGUCAGACUACUGGAAGAAUGCUGCAUUUCUGUACGGCCUUGGAAUGGUCUACUUCCAUUAUAAUGCCUUUCAGUGGGCAAUCAAAGCAUUCCAGGAGGUGCUGUACAUUGACCCAGGCUUCUCCCGGGCCAAGGAGAUUCACCUUCGCCUGGGUCUCAUGUUCAAAGUCAACACAGACUAUGAGUCAAGCCUUAAGCAUUUUCAGCUGGCUUUGAUUGACUCCAACCCCUGCACUUUGUCCAAAGCUGAAAUUCAGUUCCACAUUGCUCACUUGUAUGAGAUCCAGAAAAGAUACCGUGCUGCCAAGGAGGCAUAUGAGAGCCUUCUACAGACAGAGGAUCUUCCGGCACAGGUGAAGGCCACAACCCUGCAGCAGCUAGGCUGGAUGCAUCACACAGUGGAACAGCUCGGGGACAGAAGCACCAGGGACAGCUAUGCCAUCCAGUGCCUGCAGAAAUCUCUGGAGGCUGACCCCAACUCUGGACAGUCCUGGUACUUCCUCGGCAGGUGCUAUUCUAGUAUCGGGAAGGUCCAGGAUGCCUUCAUCUCUUAUCGGCAAUCCAUAGACAAAUCAGAGGCCAGUGCAGACACGUGGUGCUCUAUAGGGGUGCUGUACCAGCAGCAGAACCAGCCCAUGGACGCACUGCAGGCCUACAUCUGUGCCGUGCAGCUGGACCACAGCCACGCUGCUGCCUGGAUGGAUCUGGGCACGCUGUACGAGUCCUGUAACCAGCCGCACGAUGCCAUCAAGUGCUACAUCAACGCCACGCGCAGCAAGGGCUGCAGCAACGCCACUGCACUAACUCACCGCAUCAAAUGCCUGCAGGCUCAGUUGAGUAACCCCCAGCUCAGUAGCCUACAGGGUAAAAGUAAAAUGCUCCCUCUUAUUGAGGAGGCAUGGAGUCUGCCAAUUCCAGCCGAGCUAACCUCCAGACAGGGAGGCCUGAGCAGUGCACCGCAGCAGGCUUGUAAACCCAAUCACAGCACAGAAGGCGGGGGCACUGGACCAUCUCUGCCCCCUCAUGUGGGCAUGCUGGGCCAAGCAGAUGACCAGUCCUGCCCAGCCAAGCGAAGGAGAGCCUCCAGCCCUACUAAGGGUGAAGUGUGGGCCAGUAAUCCAGCACAGCCAAUUCCCAGCUGGUACCUCUCCCCACAGAAAUUACAGGUGAUGGAGCAGUUGCGAAGUAACCGGGCCAGCCUGAAGCCUCCGCAGCUGCAAAUGCUGGAGCAGCUGGAGUCUCAGUUCGCCAUGAUGCAGCAGCACCAGCAUCAGAUGAGACAGAACGCCUCAGGAGGUCAGGUGCGUCCUUCUGUCCCGAACGGUCCCGCCACCAACUCUCUCCCCUCCCCCAACCUCAGCCUUCACCCCACACGGCCCCAUUUGGGACUCCAACGGCCCCUGUGCCCCCCACAGCCUCAGCCACUGGCAAAUGGGCCUGUGGGCCCAAGUGCGACACACGGACCCUCGGACUCACACUCUGUGGGCGACAGUAGUAAGAGUAGUAGUAGUUCCAGUUGUAGUAAUAAUCAGCCAGGGCCCUCGGACCCAGGACCCAACGGAGACGUGCCUUACCUGCAACCUGCCGGCAGCGGCGACGCAGCACUGCUACCUCACGCCUGCACAAGCACGCAAACACAGGACGCCACACCGCAGCAGACCCUGCACCUAAACCCCUCUCAGAGAGGGCCUGCUCCACACGUGGCAGCCUCCACCAGUGAGGGGGCUCCCUCUCACUCACAGACCCCUAACUCCACUGCCCCUGUGCCCCCCAACAGUCAGGUUGGACAUUCCACAAACGCCCCUUCGCCUCGGCAGCAGCAGCCUCAUAACCACCUACCAUCACCUCCUUCCCUCCCUCACUCCUCUACCUCAGGUGGAGCAGCACCGGGUGCGUCUGCUACCAAAGAUAGCAACACCGCAGACGCUCUCGCCGUGACAACCACAUCUCUUGGGAACGGGGGCUCCGGGGGCAAGGCAGCAUUGUCGCUGCCAUCAGCCGAUGAGAAACCGGCACAGGCCGACAGUCUGGCCAAUCAUGUCCACUUGGGGGACAGUGGCAAAGUGGCAGAGUGCAGUGAGAAGCCCAGCCUUAGCGCAGACAAUCCUAGACUAUCUGCCCUGCUGGCAGGGGGGAAGGGCACUGAUGAGUCUGAAGGCCCUUCAGAAGGGACUGUAUCCACUGCAAACUCUGCGCCCGACUCCCAAAAGAAAGUCAACAACAUCCACCCAGCCGUGCUGCCCUCCACCCCACAUGCGCAGGUCAGCUCGGCCGCCUCUUCGCCCAUCUCUGCCAUAUCCACCGCCACGCCCUCACCAAAAUCCUCAGAACACGCGCAAACAUGCAUCCACAGUCCCGCCACCAACACGUCUGCUGCACCGGCCUUAAACGGAAACGGCAAAGGAGGCAUCUCCGAGGACUCUCAAAGCCCGCUGAAGGCUGAGCCGCCUGCCAUCACUGGUCUAAAAGCCACUCCACCACACGGACACAACUCCUCGUCAUCAUCGUCUUCAUCUUCAGUGUCCAUCUAUCCCAGCUCCACAGACGUGCUGAAGGCGUGCAGAAACUUGGGGAAGAACGGUCUCUCUAACAGCAGCAUCCUGCUGGAUAAGUGUCCUCCCCCACGACUGCCACCUCCACCCUCACCCGCCCUGCCCAAAGACAAGCUGAACCCUCCCACACCAAGCAUCUAUCUGGAGAACAAAAGAGACGCUUUCUUCCCUCCUCUUCACCAGUUCUGCACAAACCCUUCCAACCCUGUCACUGUCAUCAGAGGACUGGCCGGUGCACUCAAGCUGGACCUGGGUCUGUUCUCCACAAAGACCCUAGUGGAGGCCAAUCCAGAGCAUCUGGUCGAGGUGUGGACUCAGCUCUCCCAGCCCGCUGAUGAAAACUGGGACCCGACCGCCACCAAGAAAAUGUGGCGCUGCGAAAGCGCUCGCGGCCAUACCACCAUUGCCAAAUACGCUCAAUAUCAGGCUGCUUCCUUCCAGGAGUCCCUGCGGGAGGAGAAUGAGAAGAAAGCACUAAAGGAACCAUCAGACACAGAGCCAGCAUCAGCAGAGAGUGUCGCUCGCAAAAGAAGAGGACCUUUAAAGCACAUCAAGUUUGGAACCAACAUUGAUGUGUCGGACGAGAGAAAGUGGAAGCAGCAGCUGCAGGAGCUCAGCAAACUGCCAGCAUUCGCCCGAGUCGUAUCCGCUGGCAACCUGCUUAGCCAUGUGGGUCACACCAUCCUGGGCAUGAACACGGUCCAGCUCUACAUGAAGGUCCCAGGGAGUCGGAUACCAGGUCACCAGGAGCACAAUAACUUCUGUGCUGUCAACAUCAACAUCGGCCCAGGAGACUGUGAGUGGUUCGCAGUCCCGGAGCCUUACUGGGGGGUGAUGAGCAACUUCUGUGAGAAGAACAACAUCAACUUCCUGAUGGGCUCAUGGUGGCCCAAUCUGGAGGACCUAUAUGAGGCUGACGUCCCCGUCUAUCGUUUCAUCCAGCGUCCCGGUGACCUGGUGUGGCUCAACACUGGCACAGUGCACUGGGUGCAGGCCAUUGGUUGGUGCAACAACAUUGCCUGGAAUGUGGGACCUCUCACUGCUCACCAGUACAAGCUGGCUGUGGAGCGUUAUGAGUGGAAUAAGCUACAGAGUGUGAAAUCCAUGGUUCCCAUGGUUCACCUGUCCUGGAACAUGGCCCGUAACAUCAAGGUGUCCGACCACAAGCUGUUUGAGAUGAUUAAGUACUGCCUGCUGCGUACACUGAAGCAGUGCCAGUGGGUGAAGGAGGCGCUGGUGGCCGCUGGGAAGGAGACAGUGCUGAGGCCGAGGACCAGAGACGAACCGGCUCACUACUGUACCAUCUGUGAGGUGGAGGUGUUUAACCUGCUGUUUGUGCGCCGUGAGCUCCUGUCCAAAAAGCAGCAUGUGGUCCACUGUCAGGACUGUGCCAGGAAAGGCAGCGCCACGCUGGAUGACUUUGUGGUCCUGGAGCAGCACAGGAUGGAGGACCUGAUGCAGGUCUACGACCAGUUCACAUUAGCCCCUCCUCUUCAUUCAUCUUCAUCUUGACAUUAGAUCGACCCCUCCCACCCCACCAUCAACCCCACGCCACCUUCGUUUUUUCUUCUGCUGCUGCAGAGCUGUGACGCUGUGACGUUUUGGAAAUAAAAGGAACAAAAAAAGCAUCCAUGUACACGGACCAUUUCUGACGUUCAGGAAAAGCCAAGGCCGUCUCCCCUCUCCUCCCGCCACAACCCUCACCACUGCCCCCUCCCAUAUGGCUGGUCUCCAUAGCGACGGCUGGAGGCUAAGUGUGUCUAGUCUAUGCAACCUGUUUUUUGAAAGUGCUGGGGCCUGGGCCCUUCCAGAGGGGGCGCUGCUGCAGCUGCUGAGCUUGCUUACAGGACUUGUCUCUCUCCUCUCUCCCUUCCUUUCCUGCCCCUCUCUAUUGACAAUGGUUCUGCCCUGUUUUACUGAAGGACUUAAUCAAAAAAGGUUUAGUAAGAGCAGGGCGAGGACCGGGAUACUUUAAGUGAUAAAAAUGUUUUGUAGAUACUUGUUAACUGACACAACUGGCAACACCACCCGUAAAAGACUACUGACUUGACAACCUCUCUCCUCUCUCUCCCUCUGUCUCUCUCCUGAUCACAGGAUAAAAAAUAUGCUUUGGAUUUCUCCUUUGAUUGUUUUUUUUCACAGGAGCACUAGCCUAACUGUUCCUUUUCUAUGGUAGAUAGUUAUUCUACAGCUAUUUCAACAGCAAAACCCCCAAAAACAUAUAAAAUGUGAAGAGUUUAGGUGAUUUUUUUGUUUUGGUUUUCUUCCUUACGCUUUUUGUUUUUUAUACAGCUUUUACAUUCUUUGUUUUGGUCUUGUUCUUUUCAAAAUGUUUUUGUUUGUUCUUAGGUAAAAAAAAAUCUAAUAAAAAAUAACAAAAAAAAACUUACUAGCCAAGUCACAAAGAAAAUGGGUUGCACAUAGACUUAUGGAAAUGUUUAAUUUGUGAUUUCUUUUCGUUUUGUUGUUUCUAAUCUUGAUGUAAAUUUACACUAUUUAUAAAUACAUAUUUAUUGCUUGAAAAGAAAAUUGUUGAUGGAAUGCUGUUAUUUUUUUCCAGAGUACCUGCCAUUAAAUUUUGAAGGAGUUUUGUCAUUUUAACGACUCCUUUUACAUUUUCUAUAUAUAAAUAAAAAUUGCUUAGCAAGCAUUGUACAGAAACAGACAUUUAAAAUUGUUUUAUUGUUUGAAGAAUGUUUUAUGAGUCAAUAAACACAAAGUUGUCAAAUUAA